AUGUACCUUUUUCGCAAGACCGGGUACAAUGCAAGGACCGUGGUGGAAUACCACGACACUGACGAAGCGGUGAGGGCGAUCAGGCGGUUAGCCAGAGACAAUGUGGGGGGAUUCUUCAUUUUUGAUGUAUACUCUGGCCCAAUUGUCGCCGGGCUGCCUUGCGAGCGUUGGGGUGGAAUUGUGUUGACUUCGCCGGAGAUACUCAAUUUUGAGAAUUGGAGGGAGUGUCGCGGUGCAUACUUCAUUUUUGUCAACUGCCACACUGCAGGAGAGAUCAAGGCGUUCUUUGCGUGGGAGAAGCGCGAAGUUGCUGCGUGGCGCGCAACUAAGCGAGGAAAGAAGAAGAGUGCUUGA